CCGUUCCCGUUCCCGGCGUGGAUCCGGGGCCGGGGCGGGUCCGUUCCCGUUCUCGUUCCCGUUCCCGUUCCCGGGGUGGAUCCGGGGCCGGGGCGGGUCCGGGGCCGCGGCGCAGUCGCAGAAUGAGACCCACGCAGCGAUGGCCGCGAUCUCGCUGGAGACCGUCCCCAAGGACUUGCGGCACCUGCGCGCCUGCCUGCUCUGCUCCCUCGUCAAGACCAUCGACCAGUUCGAGUACGAUGGCUGUGACAACUGCGAAACGUAUCUGCAGAUGAAGGGCAACCGUGAGAUGGUCUAUGACUGCACCAGCUCCUCCUUUGAUGGGAUCAUCACCAUGAUGAGCCCUGAGGACAGCUGGGUCUCCAAGUGGCAGCGGAUCAGUACCUUCAAGCCAGGUGUCUAUGCAGUGUCUGUGACUGGCCGCCUGCCCCAAGGGAUCGUCCGAGAGCUGAAGAGCCGUGGCGUGGCCUACAAGUCUCGGGACACAGCCAUAAAAACCUGAAGGGCCCUUGUGCUGCCUGGAGAUCCCAGUGCUGCGUGGAAGAGGCAGUGGGCACUGCUCCAAAACCUCUGAGCUUUAUCCUGUAGGGAAGUGGGGCUGGACUCGGAGUGUGCUGGCUCAGCUCCCUUUGCUCAGUACCUCCAGACUCCACCACACCACAGACCACAGACAUUUAUCUGAGCCUUGACAGGGGGGAGGGUGUGAGUAGAGCUGGAAAAGUGUGUUUAAUCAUGAUGCCCAAGCUUUUUUACAAUUGGUGUGGGAAAGAGGGGAUUUGGGAAAUAGCUGUGUAAAUAGUUCAAUAAAACCCACUGCCUGACCAGG